UUUUCUUUGAUGAAUUUUCCUUCUUGUUAUGUAUUAUGAUUCCAUCCCGCCGCCGUGGAAGAUCACCGGGCCGAAUCCCACCGGCAAUUCCAAAACCCUGUAGGCCCCACAACUCCCGUCCCCUCCAAGUUGCAGGCCUUUACAGGAAUUCCAUUCCCUUGAUUAAACCAAAACCCCAAUUCAAACGCCACCGGAAAAGAACACAACAGAACAGAGGGAAAUUCAUUCCUUCGUUCCAAAUUCCCUUUCCCUCUCUCUCUCUUCAAUUUCUCAUCUUCCCUUUAAUUUCCCUUCUCCAUUUUCGAAAACCCAUUUCGUUUCCCAUACCCUUUUCCCCCCGAUGAAGAACACGAAGAGCCACAAAACAGAGCACCCACCACCGGCGCCGGUGAUUCUUCGCCUGAUCAACGGGCAGAGGAAAUUCCCCCUCCACAACUUCAUCUUCUCCGCCGCGUUCUUCGCGUUCGGGCUGCUCUCCGGUCUCGGAGUCGGCCUCUACCUGUCGAACAUCUCAUUUACGUUCCAGCUCAGCCAAUUCUCCAUCUCCAAGUCCGCCGCCGCCGGCGCCUCCCCUGUUCUGGCGGUCCAGCAAUCGACCGGACCCUGGCACGAAAUGGACGACGGGGAGCUGAUGUGGCGGGCCUCGAUGGUGCCGCGUGUUUCCGAAUUCCCGUUCCGCCGUGUGCCCAAAGUGGCGUUCAUGUUUCUGACGGUUGGGCCUCUGCCAUUGGCGCCGCUGUGGGAGCUCUUCUUCAGGGGAGGAGACGAGGGGCUUUACACGAUCUACAUUCAUUCCCUUCCGUCGUAUGUCAAUGCGACGUCGGAUUUCGCAGCUGAUUCGGUGUUCUACGGCAGGAGGAUCCCGAGCAAGGGAAAAUCCACCAUGGUUGCAGCCGAGCGCCGCCUCCUCGCCAACGCGCUCCUCGAUUUCUCCAACGAGCGAUUCAUCCUCUUAUCCGAAUCCUGCAUCCCUCUCUACAACUUCACCACAAUCUACACCCACCUCAUCACCUCCACGAAAUCCCACGUGGAAGUCUUCGACCAGCUGGGCCCGGUGGGCCGGGGCCGGUACAGCCCAGCGAUGCAGCCCACCAUCAAGCCGGCCCACUGGCGGAAGGGCUCCCAGUGGUUCGAGAUGGACCGCCGGCUGGCGGUCCAGGUGGUCUCGGACCGGACCUACUUCCCGCUAUUCGAGCGGCUCUGUAACGGGUCCUGCUACGGGGACGAGCACUACCUCCCCACGAUGGUCAACGCCCGGUUCGGGGGCUGGAACUCGAACCGGACGCUGACGUGGGCCGAGUGGUCGGUCCGCGGGCCGCACCCGCGGAGCUUCUGGCGGCCCGACGUGACGGUGGGGUUUUUGGAAGGGCUGAGGGACGGUGGGAGGAUGUGUGGGGAGUACGGGAGGAACGUCGGCGGGGCCGCCGGGGGAGGGAUCGGGGUGCAUUAUUAUCACAAUGUUACCGGUGGUGGUGAUGGGGGUUCAUCGUCGUCGGUGUGCUUCUUGUUUGCUAGGAAAUUCCGGCCUCAUUCGCUGAGUAGGUUGUUGAGAUUUGCUCCUGGGGUUAUGCAGUUUUAG